UUCUGUGACCCGGAAGUACUUUUUUUGUGUCGCUGAUAAGACGCUGUUAUCGUGCAUGGUGUUUGGCGCAAAUUCACACUUUUUGCUAAACAACCUAAAUCAAAUAUAUGUUAACGAAAAUAGGUCGAACUUUGAACGGUGGGUCAUGGAUGAUCUGGAGUCAGAACUGAGGGUGCCCGUUGAAGAACAGGGCGAAAAUGAGUCUUCAGAUGACGAUGAAUCAAUCAACAGAAAACGAAUCAAGAAGCCAAACCUUCCCCUGGCGCCUCCUUUAUUUAAAGAGACACCCCGUGAGACUGGCUUUCACAAGACCACAAGGAACUGCCUCCAGCACAUCAGGGAGGUCUUGCUGCACCAUAGAUGGCAGGAUGCCGCAGAGUACAUGGCCAGUUACUCACAGACACUGGAGGAUACCACCGCAAACAUGCCACAACUCUACGCUGAGAUCAUUUGGAGGAUAGGCACAGAGAUACUACACCACCAUCCCGACUCGAAGCUGGAAGACUACAACAGUUUCUAUGAGCGAGUGAAACACUCAGGAGUAAAGCAUUACCUGAAGGUCUGUCUGGAGCACUCGUUCCAUCUCCUGGUCAAUGGGCAGUUUGAGGAUGCCAAGCUUCAGCUGUCCAUCGCUGAGAGCUGGAGGUAUGGCAAGCAGUCAGCCGGUCAGUCCCAGAGGAUUAGGCUGAUCCAGGCCUAUAGUGGCUUCCUGGAUUACUUCAUCUGGUGUGACAAGAAAGCCACUGCAUCCAGCACAGAUGAGUAUGAUGCAGCUGUCAACCAAGAAAUGCAUAGCUACUUCCGACAAUCUUCUGUGAACCUGAAGGAGAUCAUGAAGCUUCCUGGUGUCUGGGAUCCUUUUGUUCUGAGUUACAUUGAUAUGCUGGAAUUCUACAACGAUCAUGAGGGAGCUGUGAAGGUUCUAAAUGACUAUGCCUAUGACAACAGUUUCCCACCCAACCCCAAUGCCCAUGUCUACCUAUACCGGUACAUGAAGAAACAGAACCACCCACUGAAGAAACUUCUCAAAGUGCUGAAGAUCCUGCAUACAUUGGUCCCAAGUCAUGAGUUGAUGCCGGAAUACUGUUCUCUUCUGGUACAGUCGGAGAAUGAGGGUGAUCUUCAGAAGGCUCUAGGUGUGGUUCUGGAUCUCCUGGACUACUCCAGUUGGAGGAGCAACUUGGAUGUCUGGAACCAUUUGAUGAACAUCAUCAAGAGACUGAGGAUGAAAAAACAAUGGCUGAAGAUUUUUGCAGAGGAGAUGGGGUACAGAAAGGACUGGUGGCUAGAAAUACACUUCUCAACAUUCCAGGCCAGGAAAGAUUCUGCAGAGAAUAGAGAGCUACUGGAAGUGAAGAGCUUUGUGGUUGGAGCCUUUUGUCCUCGCUAUGCCUCCAUGUACUGCGGUGUUGGUAAGGCAGCCCGAAAAGGAGUAACUUCUGAGGCUCGAAAGGCUAAGAGGAAUCCUAAACCGCUAAGAAAUAUAAGAAGGCUCAGAAGAGAAAGGGGACAGCAAAGCCAAGACUGACCUUGAGGAAGUUCCUGGAAUGCCACCAGGCACAGUGGCGAGAACAAACAUUUUGAAAAUUUGUGAAGAGCUUCUACCAUUGCCAAGAUCGGCAGGGUAGCCUAGUGGUUAGAGCGUUGGACUAGUAACCGGAAGGUUACAAGUUCAAAUCCCAGAGCUGACAAGGUACAAAUCUGUCGUUCUGCCCCUGAACAGGCAGUAACCCACUGUUCCUAGGCCGUCAUUGAAAAUAAGAAUUGGUUCUUAACUGACUUGCCUAUUUAAUUAAAGGUAAAAAAAUAAAUAAAUGACCACCUCAUACAGUCAUCAGGUCAGACUCUCUCCCCUUCCAUGACAGUUGUUCCAACUACAUUAUUUUUCUUGUCUAGAAUGUUCUUGGUUAUCUGCAUACAGUAGUUGCAGCCACGAUGACCAUUCCCACCUUCAAAAGGCAGGCCUCUCUCAUUGCACUGCAAUGUAUUAUGCGUCAAAUUCUGUGAUUGUCCACCAGGGAGCACUCAAGCUAUGGCUACGUUUUGAGUUGCUCUGCAUGCUGCUGCUCCUUCGUUUUUAAAAGAAGCUGAGGCAGAAAUUAAAGCAUGUGUUCACUGUGGUAGUUGGUCGGGAAUAGGGAGGUUGGGUGUGCUGCAGUAUUAAGUCUAGGAGGUAAUAAGCUCUGAGGCAGGUGUGGCCUCAACUGAACUUCCGCUGAUUCAUGGAGAACCCAGCUGCAUUUAGGUGGAGGUGACGUGUUGGAAUUGCUAAAACAUUUGGCCGCCAAAGAGCAGCAUAAUGGCAACAGACGCAAAGGAUAGUGCAGCGAUACAGAGGGGGGGAAAAAAUGUGCAUUUUUGUAUCUUGCUGUUGAGAUUCUGCAGUAAUGUUCACGUGACACGACAGACACCCUUGAUAAAACUCUGUGCCUUUGCUCUGGAGUCCUCUGUCUCUGUGUGAUGACAUCACAUGAGUGAUAUCCCUGGUUGGAAGCAGCCUUGGGUCCCUGAGGUAAAAUAGAGGGAGAGCACACACACCCUUGGCUCCUUCCACACCUAUCCAUCACACACACACACAGGCGGAACACAAAUCUGAUUACUUUACACCCCUCCAGCCUCUUGAUGCAGGAUAACAGAGCUCAAUUUCACAGGCCAAGGAACAGUGGGCCCAGCUUUAUCAUGAUUAAGGACUACUCAUGUUUAUCAGAACCUGUGAAGCCUUCUGUUCCUGAACAACUAACUGUGGUUUAUGGCCAGUACUAUGUGAAGUCAGGAAGUUACAUGAUCAAAUACUCUGCACUGUAAAGUGAAUGACUUGGUUGUACCUGAUUCAGUUUUGUAGUCUCUGUGGUAUGGUGAUUGUGGCUGCUAUAUGUUGUACCAUUUGUUACUGAUUUAACACUGUUGAUUGGGUGGCUGAAUAGCUCUAAAUGAAUGAAGUUGAUUGUGAUGAA